UUAUGUAUCAUAAAAUCUCCAAAAUACAAUUGUGCAUUUGCAUAAAUAAAUAAAUUUUUUGAUAAGUUAAUUUUGCAUUUACUGUCAAAAACAUUUCAAAACAUGUUUUGGGCCAAAAAAUGUUGCUUCUGUAUAUCUUUGCAAACGGGAUGUAUCAUAAUUGCACUGCUUGGAUUAUUUUUGUCCGGCAUGAACAUUGACUAUACUCUAUACCUCUUGAAUAGCACUCAUACCCGAGAAACCCAAUAUAAAUUUCCAGCGGAAGUACUCUACACAUCUUUACAAAUAAUUCCGGAUUGUUUGUCUGUCUUGGCAUCGUGUUUGCUGAUAUUUGCAAUCAUCUCGCAAUAUUUAUGGCUGUUUUGGAUCACUCUGUUUUUCCAAACUCUUCAGGCAAUAUAUCUGGUUACAUUUAGUAUUGUUUCUUCUUUAAUCGGAUCAAAUUUAAUAAUAAAUGAGAGCUUUUGGCACAACAUAACUUAUUGGGUGUAUGUGAUACUUUGGCUGGCACUGACAUUAUAUUUCAUGUACAUAAUCUAUUCGUAUUAUCGACAACUAAAGGAGGGAGAAAUUGAAAAUGCUAUAGAAUGAUUUAUGCCUUAUAUUUUGUAAUAUUUGGCUUGCUCAACAUGUAAUUUGUAAAACCUAAAAAGACUAGCUAAAUUUAUAUCUGUAACUAUAUUUCAUUGAAUGUGUCGUCAUUUUCACAUACACGG